AUGGCCGGAGUGAGGUGGCCGGGGAUCGCUGGGGGAGUCGUGGCCACCACGGUGCUGUGGGUGACAGCCGUGGGGGCAGCCACAGGGCGCUGGUGCGAGCGGCCGGUGCUGCUGAUGGAGCAGGAGGAGGUGACGCCGCGGCGCGAGGCCGCGGUGCCGUGUCCCAGUUUGUACCAGUACAGCCUGGCCGGGUGGCAGCUGGACCGGGACCGCAUGCACCGGGAACGCGGGAAUUCCCCCGGGGACGCCGGCACCGACCCCCCCCUCUGCUACAUCUACCGCCCCCCAGAGAUGCAGCCGGUGGUCCGGAACCGCACAGAACGUGGCUGCUGCCCUGGCUGGAGCGGCGCCCGCUGCACUGAGGGCCCCGGCUCCCUGGGCCGCUGUUUCAGCGCGUGGCAGUGCCAGGACAGCGCCGGUGGCCACAACGGCAGCGCCAUGAGCCGCGCCGAGUGCUGCCAGCACCCCUGGGGACACAGCUGGCGCCGCGGGGACACCGGGGACACCGGGGGGCCCUGCCUGCCCUGCACCCGCCUGCCCCUGGGUGGGGACGGGGGGUCCCCGCGCCACCGCAGCCCCCCGGCCACGUGCCAGGCCUGGGCCGGGACGCGAUUCCGCACCUUCGAUGGGCGGCACUUCGGCUUCGGCGGGACCUGCCGGUACAGCCUGGCCACGGCCACCGACGGCACCUGGGACGUCACCAUCAGCCUCGGACACCCCCGGGUGCUGCACAUGACCUUCGGGACGGACACAGUGCUGGCCGAGGGACGGAACGUGUCCGUGAACGGGGCAGCGGUGCCGGAGGGACGCCCCUACCUGCACAAAGGGCUCGGUGUCACCUGGCCAGGUGACUGGGUGGCUGUGGCCAGCAGCCUGGGUGUGCGGGUGGCCUGGGACAGGAACCUGGCAGUGACAGUGACAGUGGAGCCUGAGCUGCGCGGUGCCACCUGGGGGCUCUGUGGCACCUACACCGACGACCCUGCGGACGACUUCGUGCUCCCUGACGGGGACAUCGCUGCCUUCGCCGCUGCCUUUGGCAACGCCUGGAAGGUGCCAGUGGCUGGCACAGAGCCCCCAUGUAGGGACGUGCCAGAGGGUGCCACCAGGUGUCGCCCAGGUGAGAUGGCACCGGCGGUGGCCACGUGUGGGCGGCUGCUGGCCCAGCCCUUCCAGCAGUGCCACGGCGAGGUGGACCCCAGCGGGUUCUACGCAGCGUGUGUGGCACUGCUGUGCGGGGACGGGGACCCCGUGUCGUCCCCCCGACCCCUGCCACCCCCUGGUACCCUGUCACCCCCCGUGUCACCCCCCCGUCCCCCGCCCCCCGCCGCCUGCGACACCUUCGCCGCCUACGCCCGGGAGUGCUCCCGCCGCCAGCUCCAUGUCCCCUGGCGCCAUCCCGGCUUCUGCGAGCGCCGCUGCGACGCGGGGCAGCGCUUCUCGGACUGCGUGUCGCUGUGCCCGGUCACCUGUGCCACCGCGGGCAGCGCCGGGCAGGGCGCCUGCCACCGCCACUGCCACGGCGGCUGCGAGUGCGGCCCGGGGCUGGCCCGGGACGGGCCGAGCUGCGUCCCCUCCGCCGCCUGCCCCUGCCACCACCGGCGACAGCGCUACGAGCCCGGCCAGAGCAUCCGCCAGCGCUGCAACCGCUGCACAUGCGAGGGCGGGCGCUGGCGCUGUGAGCAUCAGCGGUGUCCGGCCGAGUGCGCGGUGCUGGGGGGACGUCACUUUGUCACCUUCGACCGCCGCCGCUUCUCCCUGCCCGCCACCUGCGCCCACACCCUGCUGGAGGACUUCGUGGCGGGGCGGCUUCUGAUCACAGCCGAGCACGAGCCCUGUGCCACCCGCCGGCCCCUGGGCUGUCCCCGCACCCUCACUGUCACCACCAGCCGCACCACGGCCCGGCUGCACGGCACAGGGGAGGUGACAGUGGCCGGGCGAGAGGUGACGCUUCCCUUCUCCGGUGCCGAGCUGAGCAUCCGCCGCGCGUCCUCGGCCUUCCUGCACCUGCAGGUGCCCGACGCCCACGUGCUCUGGGGCCUGGGGACCCCCGACACUUUCAUCACCCUGCAGCCCGCCAUGGCCGGCACGGUGCGGGGGCUCUGCGGGACCUUCAACGGGGACCAGAGCGACGAGUUCACGACACCGGAGGGGGACGUGGAGCCGGGAGUCGCCGCCUUCGCCAACGCCUUCCGUGCGGCCGGAGCCUGCCCUGCGCUGGGCCCCGGCAUCCCCGAUCCCUGCGACGGCUUCCCCGGGAGCCGGGAGCGCGCCGAGGCCGCCUGCGCCGUGCUCAUGGCACCGGCGUUCCAGCCGUGUCACCGCGUGGUGGAUCCGGAGCCGUUCCUGGAGCUGUGCCGCUGGGAUGUGUGUUCCUGCCGGGAGCGGGAGCGGGAUCGCUGCCUGUGCACGGCGCUGGGAGCCUACGGCCGGGAAUGCGCCCGGGACGGGAUGGAGCUGGAGUGGAGGAACCGGAGCCUCUGCGACGAGCCAUGUCCAGGAGGGCAGCAGUACCGGGACUGCGGGGGUCCAUGUGGCCGUUCCUGCUUAGAGCCCCCCAGUGCCAGUGACUGUCCCCCUCCGGACGCCCUCUGUGUCCCCGGCUGUCGCUGCCCCCCGGGGCUGCUGCUGGCCCAGGGGGGGCAGUGUGUCCCCCCUGCCGCUUGCCCGUGUCCCCGCGGUGCCCGCCUGUAUCCCCCCGGCGCCCACAUCCGCCGCGGCUGCCAGGCCUGUGUGUGCGCAGGGGGAUCGUGGCGCUGCGCCCCCGCCCCGUGUCCCCCUGCCCCGCGCUGUCCCCCGGGGCUGCUGCACGCUCCGGGGUCCUGCCUGCGCCGCUGCGACCCCGCGGAGCCCUCCGGAACCUGCGGCGGCCCCGCCGACGGCUGCGUGUGUCCCCCCGGGACCCUGUUCCUGGGCGGGCGCUGCGUGUCACCGGACGAGUGUCCCUGUCACCACGGCGGGCAGCUGUACCCGCCCAACGCCACCAUCGCCCGCGACUGCAACGCCUGCGUGUGUCGGGGACAGCGGUGGCACUGCGGGCGCGAGGAGUGCGCGGGGACCUGCGUGGCCACGGGGGACCCCCACUAUGUCACCUUUGAUGGCCGCGCCUUCACCUUCGCGGGGGACUGCGAGUACCUGCUGGCCCGCGAGGCCACCGGGCUCUUCGCCAUCACCGCCGAGAACGUCCCGUGCGGGGCCACCGGUGUCACCUGCACCAAGUCCGUGGUGGUGGCCAUGGGGAACACCGUGGUUCACAUGCUGCGUGGGCGGGAGGUGACAGUGAACGGGGUGGCCGUGCGACCCCCCAAGGUGUUCGGGGGGUCGGGGCUGGCGCUGCAGCGCGCGGGGCUGUUCCUGCUGCUCCUCACGCGCCUGGGGGUGGCCGUGCUGUGGGACGGAGGGACCCGCGUGUACGUGCGCGUGUCCCCGCGGCUGCGCGGGCGCCUGGCCGGGCUCUGCGGGAACUUCGACGGCGACGCCGAGAAUGAUUUUGGGAGCCGGGACGGGGCCCUCGAGGCGACCCCCGAGAUCUUCGGGGACUCCUGGCGCCUCAGCCCGCUCUGCCCCGAGGCCGACGGCCACCGCCCGCACCCCUGCGAUGAGAGCCCCCAGCGCUCGGCCUGGGCGCGGGGUCGCUGCGGGGUCCUGCGGCACCGGCUCUUCGCUCCCUGCCACGACCUGGUGCACCCCCAGCGCUUCUACGAGUGGUGCCUGUUCGACGCCUGCGGGUGUGACAGCGGCGGGGACUGCGAGUGUCUGUGCACGGCCCUGGCCGCCUACGCCGAGGAGUGCGGCCGGCGGGGGAGACCCCUGCGCUGGCGGAGCCAGGAGCUGUGCCCCCUGCAGUGCGAGGGGGGGCAGGAGUACAACCCCUGCGGCCCCCCCUGCCCCCCCACCUGCCGCGACCUCGGCCGGGAUCCCCCCGAGCUGUGCGGGGCCCUGGGGUGCCUCGAGGGCUGUUUCUGCCCCCCCGGGCGGGUCCUGCACGACGGGCGGUGCGUGGAACCCCCCGCCUGUCCCUGCUUUUGGGACGGCUUCGCCUUCCCGGCCGGGGCCACCGUGACCCAGGGCUGCAGCAACUGCACGUGCCUCGAGGGGCGCUGGCAGUGUCCCCCGACCCCGUCCCCGUGUCCCGCCGCCGCCGGCUGCGCCCCGUGGGAGUUCCGGUGCCGGGGCGGGGGUCUCUGCGUGCCGGGGGCCUGGCUCUGCGACAACGAGGACGACUGCGGGGACGGCUCGGACGAGCUGUGCGACCCCCCCUGCGCCCCCCAGCAGCCCCGCUGCCCCGGCGGGCGCUGCCUGCCCUGGGGGGCCCGAUGUGACGGUGUCACCCACUGCCCCGACGGCUGGGAUGAGGCGGGGUGUCCGGGCCGGCCCUGCGCCCCCCCCGAGUUCGCCUGUGCUGGGGGUCGCUGCCUCCCCCCCGCCCGGGUCUGCGACGGGCGGCUCGAUUGUCCCCCCGGGGACGACUCGGACGAGGCGGGCUGCGCCCCCCGGUGCGGGCCGGGGCAGUUCAGGUGCGGGGGGGGCAGGUGUGUCCCGUACCCCAAUCGCUGCGACGGCCGCGACGACUGCGGGGACGGCAGCGACGAGAGCGGCUGCGCCUGCCCCGAGGGGCACCUGCCGUGCCCCGGAGGGGGCUGCCAGCCCCCCGCCGCUCUCUGCGACGGCCACCGCCACUGCGCCGACGGCGCCGACGAGGCCGACUGCCCCGCUCGGGCCACCUGCGCCCCCGGGACCGUGCCCUGCCCCGACGGCUCCUGCGUGGCGGAGGUCGCCGUGUGCGAUGGCGCUCGCGACUGUCGCGACGGCUGGGACGAGAGCCCGGCGGGGUGCGCUGUGGCACUGCCCCCCGCGCCGCUGUCACCUGUCACCGACACUGUCACCGCUGUUACCGACAUUGUCACCGCUGUCACCGCCGACACUGUCAUCGCGGUCACCAGGGCCAUCGGCACUGUCGCCAACACUGUCACUGUCAGUGAUGCUGACACUAUCUCAGACACCGUCCCCGACAACGCUACUGCCACCGCGGCUGUCGCCGACACUGUCCCCGGCACCGACGAUGUCCCUGACACCGACACUGUCCCUGUCACCGACGCUGCCCCUGACACCGACACUGUCCCCGGCACCGCCAACGCCUCGGCAGCGCCGUGUCCGGCCCGGUCCCUACGCUGCGACAACGGCGGCUGCGUCCCGCGGGGGUGGCGCUGUGAUGGCGACAGCGACUGUCCCGAUGGCAGCGACGAGGGAGGCUGCGAGCCCCCGUGCGCCCCCGGCCACCUGCCCUGCGACCCCCCCUGCGACCCUGGACGCGCCCCCUGCGCCCCCUCCUGCGUCCCGCCGAGCCUCCUCUGCGACGGCGUCCCGCAGUGUCGUGACAGCGCCGAUGAGAGCCCCCAGCUCUGCGAGGCCCCCGGCCCCGGGAGCAGCCCGGGGGGUCUCUGCGCAGAGUUCGACUGCGGGGACGGGGAAUGUGUCACCUUCCAUCAGGUGUGUGACGGGCUGCAGGACUGCGGCUCUGCUGGGGACGAGCGGGGCUGCGGCCUCUGGGGUCCCUGGGGUCCCUGGGGGUCCUGCAGCCGCCCCUGCGGGCCCGGGGGGCAGCGCCGCACGCGGGGCUGUCACCAGAGUCACCCCGGGCUGCUCCGGGGGUGCCGGGGACCGCGCGAGCAGGAGAGACCCUGCUUCCACCGGGCCUGCCCGGUGGACGGCGCGUGGGGCCCGUGGGGACCCUGGUCCGACUGCCCGGGUGGCUGCGGGGGGGUCCGGCUACGCAGGAGGGGGUGCCAGCCCCCCCAGAACGGCGGCCGCGCCUGCGAGGAGCUGCCCGGGGGGAGCCCCGGAGCCCUGGAGAUGGCCCCCUGUGCCCCGGGGGGGUGCCCCAACGCCUCGGAGUGUGCGGAGGGGCUGCGCCCCCUCCCCUGCGCCCCCUGCCCCGCCUCCUGCGCCGACCUGGCGGCCGCCGUCACCUGCCCGCGCCCCCCGCCCUGCCUCCCAGGGUGCUGGUGCCCGGCGGGGCAGGUUCUGGACGCCCCCGAGCCCGGCGCGGGGGUCGCGGGGUGCGUGCGGCCGCGGGAGUGCCCGUGCCGGGCCGGGGGGCGCAGGUACCCCCCGGGCGCCACGGUGCCGCUCGGUUGUCGCCUCUGCACCUGCCUCGAGGGGCACCUGCGACACUGCCGCCCCCACCCCGGCUGCUCAGUGGACUGCGGGUGGUCGUCGUGGUCUCCGUGGGGCGCGUGCGCGGGCACCUGCGGGACCCCCGGCGUGCAGUGGUCGUUCCGCAGCCCCUCGAACCCGGCCCGGCGCGGGGGGGGCCGGCACUGCCGCGGCAUCUACCGCAAGGCCCGACGGUGCCGCACGGCGCCGUGCCGGCGCUGCCACGAGCGGGGCCGGUGGCGCGUCCCCGGCGAGCGCUGGCGAGGGGACCCGUGCCAGGUGUGCCAGUGCCUGCCAGGUGGGGCCGUCCGGUGUGUCCCCUACUGUCCCCUCCGCGACUCCGCCUGUCCCCAGGUGAGCGGGGGACGCGGGGCGGGGCGGGGCGAGCCGCAGGUGACGAUGGCGGUGACGGUGUCGGUGUCCCCAGGGCCAGGUGACAACGCCACGGCCACCCUGCCCGGGAUGGUGACAGCGCUGCUCACCCCCGCGCCGGCCGAGACCUCCGGCAGCCCCGGCCCCACGGCCGGGCCCGAGGGGCCGCCCCGGCCUCCCACGUCAGAGGGGCCCGGAAGCGCCGAGACCCCCCGGGAGCCCCCCGGGGGCACCACCAGAAUCGCGACCCCGCCCGAAGACACCCUGAGACCCCCCGGAGGCUCCACAACCCCCCCCGAGCCCCCCCAGCUCCGUGCGUUGCCCUCGCUGGCUCCCACGGGGGUCCCCGCCGCGACCACCCCAGGCUGCCCCCCCCCGCCCUGGGGUGGGUGGGGGUCCUGCAGCCGCUCCUGCGGGGUGGGGAUCGCUCUGCGGCGCCAGAGGGAGACCCCGCCCGAGGGGGGCUGCGCCCACCCCCCCAACAUCGACAGCCGCGUCUGCUUCCUGCGAGCCUGCCCAGUCGCGGGCGGGUGGGCGCCCUGGGGCUCCUGGAGCCCCUGCGACGCCCCGUGCGGGGGGGGACAGCAGACCCGCCGCCGCAGCUGCAGCGACCCCCCCCAAAAAAACGGGGGGCAGCCGUGCGAGGGAGGGGCGCUGCAGAGCCGGCCCUGUAACCUGAGGCCUUGUGGGGACUCCCCAGCCUGCCCCCCCCAGAUGCUGCUGGUACCCCCGGAGGGGUGCGAGGAUCUGGGGGUCCCCCCCUGCCCCCCCACCUGUGCGGACCUGAGUGGGAACAGCUCAUGCCCGGGAGGCUGCGAGGAAGGCUGCCGGUGCCGGCCUGGGCUGGUCCUGCAUGGGAGCGACUGCAUCGAGCCCGGGUACCCCAACACCCCGCUGUACCCCAGCCCCUCCAUAGCCCAGACACCUCUGUACCCCAAAUCCCACCUCGCCUGUGGGGUCCCUGCGGGGGUGUUGGGGGACCCCAGGAAUCGGGGCGCCCCUGAAUCCUGCGGGUGGUCGCGCUGGACCCCCUGGACCCGCUGUGACUGUGACACCGGGACCCGGCAGCGCUUCAGGUCUCCCACCAACCCCGCGGCCGCGGAGGGCGGUGCCCCCUGCACUGGGAGCCCCCGAGAGGUUCGGGGCUGUCCCGAGCUCUGCGGACCCGAGCCCGGGAGCACGGGACCACCCGGGGCCACCGAGGCGCCCACCGAGGUCCCCGAGUCCCCAGGGUCGCCGUGGGGCACAGAGACCCCAGAGCCCGCAGAGUCGCCGGGGGUCCCGGAGCCCACGUGGGGCACGGAGCCCCCGGAGCCCGCUCAUGGCCAGUGGUCGCCCUGGGGGCCCUGGGGAGGCUGCAGUGCCCCGUGCGGGGGGGGCGAGCGCUGGCGGCGCCGGGGAUGCGGGACCCCCCCGUGCCCGGGGCCGGCCCUGCAGAGCCAGAGCUGCCACAGCCACGUGUGUCGCGGUGAGUGCGACACGGGCACCGCGACACGGGGUAUCCCGACAGGGACCCUCAUCCGGACACCUGACCCAGAGACCCCCUACCCGGAGAUAGGCCGGGUGCCCCCCCGGCCGGACCUUCCGCGAGUGCGGGGAGGACUUCGGGUGCCCCCGGAGCUGCGCCCACCUUGGGGGGGCCGUAGGGUGCGCGGAAGGGUGCCAGGAGGGCUGUCACUGCCCCCCCGGGACCUUCCUGCACCGCCACACCUGCCUGCAGGUGAGACCCCCCGGGAGACCCCCCCCAUGGGUGCUGCCCCCAAGUCCUCGAAGUGGCUGGGGGUCGCGGGGUGGGGGUUCCCGGUUUGUGGGGGUCCCCUGGGCCAUGGGGGCUACGUGGGGUCCCCCCCGGCAGAGUCGGGGGGUCCCUGGUCUGUGAGUGACCCCUGGGGCAGUGGAGGGUCCCCAGAGUGCUUCUAUGGGGUAGUGGGUGCCCCGUGGGUGCCCCCCAGGAUGGUGGGUGCCCGCCGGGACAGUAGGGGGUUCAUGGGGGUCCCUGGGCCUGUGGUUUGUGGCGCUUCGGGCUCUCUGGGUCUGUGGGCGCCCCCCGGGCGCCCCCCACCCCCGGCUCAGCCCCAGCAGUGCCCCUGCUCGGUGCCGGCCGCGCUGCUGCCGGGGGGCACGCCCGGAACCGCCCCCGGGACCAUCCCCGGGACCACCCUCGGCCCGGAGACCUCCAGGACCCCCCCUGAGGACCCCCAGAUCCUGGAGCUGCAGCCGGGCGGGACCCUGCACGUGGGGUGCGCCCACUGCUCGUGCAUAUGGGGCCGCCUGCGCUGCGCCCCCCCUGGGGGCUCCCCCUGCAACGAGACCCCCACGGAGACCCCGAAGUGCCCGAGGCCCCCCUGCGCCGGUGGGUCACGGCCCCGCGGCCCCCUUCCCCGCCCGGGGGGUCCCAGCCCCACCGAGGGGGAUCCCGGCGGGCCGGGGGUGUCACCGGUUGUUUCUCCCCCCACAGCGGAUCUUGGCCCCACAUCUGAUCUCAGCCCCACAGCCCCAGGGGACGAGGAGGAGGAGGGGGCGUCCCCGGCGGUCCCGGUGGUCCCGUGGGGGCCGUGGGGGCCCUGGGGUCCCUGCAGCCGCACCUGCACCGAACCCGAGACCCCCGCGAGCCGGAGCCGCCGCAGGGACUGCGAGGGGGGAAACUGUGGGGCGGGGGACAGCACCCAGAGCAGGGCCUGCAACCUGCCCCACUGCCAGGCUCCCCCCUGCGUGACCCCCCCGUGCCCGUGCCAGUGGAGUCCCUGGGGGCCCUGGGGGUCCUGCUCGCGGCCCUGCGGGGGGGGGCAGCAGCGGCGGCUCCGCGCCUUCAGCCCCCCCGGCCCCGGGGACCCCUGGUGCCCCCAAAUCCAGGGGGGCCACGAGCAGCGGCGGCCGUGCGGGGUGACGGCAUGUCGGGUGAACGGCGCGUGGUCCCCGUGGGGUCCCUGGUCGCGUUGUGACGUCACGUGCGGGGGGGGCCGCUCCGUGCGCAGCCGCUCCUGCUCUCGGCCCCCCCCAAAAAACGGGGGCAGCCCCUGCCCCGGUGUGGGGCACGAGCUGCGGGUCUGCAACCCCCGGCCCUGCGGCCCGCGGUGCCCCCCCGGGCAGACUCUGUCCCCCUGUGCCAGCCGGUGCCCGCGGAGCUGCCGUGACCUACAGGAGGGGGUGUCCUGCGAGGGGGGGGCUCCCUGCGAGCCCGGCUGCCGCUGCCCUCCCGGGACCCUGGAGCAGGACGGGGGCUGCGUCCCCCCAGCGCUCUGCGAGUGCCUGGAUGCGGGGGGGCACCUAUGGGUGCCGGGGGGGGGCGGGCACCCCCGAGGCUGCCAGAACUGCACCUGCGCGGGGGGGCGGCUGCGCUGCGUCCCCGGGGGGUGUCACCCCCCCACUUCCGCCCCCGGGACCCCCCCCGGGACCCCCCCGUGCACCUGGAGCCGCUGGAGCCAGUGGGGAGCCUGCAGUGUCACCUGCGGGGGGGGGCGGCAGGAGCGGUACAGGACUCCCAUUCCUCCCGAGGGUGCGGGGGGACCCUGCGGGGACCCUCAGGAGGAGGUUCGGGGAUGCGAGGAGAGCCCGUGUCCCCCUCUGUGCCCCUGGGCGGGGGGCGAGCGGGGGCUGGGCGAGCUCUGGAGCCCCGGCCCGUGCCGGCAGUGCACCUGCACCCCCGAGGGACCCGAGUGCUGGGACACCCCAUGUGCGGCCGAGCCGUGUGACUGGAGCCCCUGGGGGUCCUGGGGACCCUGCGGAGACCCCUGUGUGGGGGGGUCCCGCCUGCGCCAUCGGCACCCCCUGAACCCCGAGACCCCCGGGCGGGCGUGUGCGGGGAUCCGGACUCAGAGCGAGAGCUGCACCUCCACCACCUGCCCAGAUCCCGGGUGCGGCGGCGGUGGCCGGACCCUCAGUCCCUGCGCCGGGCGGUGCCCCCGGACCUGCGCCGACACCUGGGCCCAGGUGCUGUGUCUGCAGGGCCCCUGCGAGCCAGGGUGCCGCUGCCCCCCCGGGCAGCUGCUGCAGGACGGGCACUGCGUCCCCCUGAGCGGCUGCCGCUGCGGGACACCCGGAGGGGGCAAUGGGAGCCGCGAGGUGACCCCGGGGGACGCGACCCAGAUCGGGUGUCACAACUGCACCUGCGAGAACGGGACCUUGAGCUGCCCAGGGCUGGCGUGUCCCUCCCCGGGGCCCGCCACACCCGCUGUCCCCGUGUCCCUCUGGUCCUCCGUGUCCCCUCUGUCCCCCUCGACCCCUCUAUCCCCCUUGUUCCCCCUCUCUCCCGAGCCCCCCCUGUCCCCCGCCGUGUCCCCCUGGUCCCCCUGGUCCCGCUGCUCCCGCAGCUGCGGCGGCGGGACCCGGACGCGUCACCGGCAGUGCCGGGAGGGCCCCGGGGAGGCGUCGCGGUGCGGGGACAGUCCCGGGGAGGAGACGGCGCCGUGUAACCUCCAGGAGUGCCCCGGCUGCCCCCCGGGCGAAGUAUGGCUGGACCCCGGCCCCGCCUGCGAGCGCAGCUGCCAGGACCUGGCGGAGCCCCCCGGGACUUGCGGGGGGAUCCCCGCGACCCUCGGAACCUCCGGAUCCCCCGCGACCCCCGGAACUCCGGACACUUCCAGCACCUCCGGGAUCCCCGCGACCCCCAUAACCCUCGGCACUCUCGGGACCCCCUCGGCCUCCCCCCCGCGCUGUUCCUGCGCCCCCGGCCGGUACCGGAACGGCUCCGGGCAGUGCGUGAGCGCGGGGAGCUGCGGGUGCCGGCACCGCGGGGCGCUGCGAGCGGCCGGUAGCGAGUGGCAGGAGCAGUGCGGGACCUGUCUCUGCUCCGAGGGACGCGUCACCUGUACCACCUCCUGCCCCGUGCUCACCUGCCCGGAGGGCACGGAGCCGGUGCGGGAGCCCGGGAGCUGCUGCCCCGUGUGCCGGGACGAGUGGCCAGAGGAGCCCCCCGGGCCGUGCCGGCUCCUCACGGCGCUCCGGACCAUCGCCAAGGGCGCGUGUGUCCUGCGGGGUGUCCGUGUCACCUACUGCGCGGGGGCUUGUCGCUCCCGCACCGCCGUCAGCGCCCAGGAGCCGUACGUGCGGUCGCUGUGCGAGUGCUGCAGUUACCGGCUGGACCCCGCCCGGCCCGUGCGGGCGCUGUUCCUGCCCUGCCCCCGCGGCCGCCCCCGGCCCGCGCUGCUGCCCCGCAUCGCCGAGUGCCACUGCGAGCCCUGCCGGGGCGGGGACUUCACCCGGCGAUGAGGAGCCCACCGGACGCGACCCCUCCCCACCCCUCCCGUGUCGGCAUCGAGGAGUUUCUUAUCGAUACCAAUAAACCACCAAUAAUCGAU